AUGAAGCUGACCAUUGGCUUCAUCGUUGUUUGUGCUGCAUUGCACGCAGGAGCAACUAACAAAUGCCCAGAAAUCACCGACCCCAUUGUAGAGACACCGCCUGGAGAUGGAAUUCUUGGACAAGUGCUGGAGUUGCUGCUGGGAAAGUUGAACAAUAUCGAACGCGUAGUGUUGGAGCUUCAAUUCGGACAACACGAACUCCAGGAGCAGAUGGUAAGCAAUAAAGCAUCCCAAACGAAGACCUUUGCAGACGUCCUAUGGGCUAUAAAUCGUGUAGACGACCGCUUAGCGAAGGAUGUCGGGCGGAACUUGACUGUGCUUCAAGAUCAAUCAAUGCUGAUCUUGGAGCAACAAACGGCAUGCUCCAGCCAUGAUCAGUUGCGUCACAAAAUGUUCAACUUAACUCUGAAGAACAACCAAGAUUUAAUAAAAUCAAUGGAAUGGAUCAGGUCGCUGUACAAAUCGGGAAUGGUGAACUGUGUCAGCUUAGUUACAUCACGAACUCUGCAAAAAGCAACAACUGCGACACAAAAGCCUAAGCAACCCGCGUCGUGCCAGGAGGUAGCGUCGAACGUCUCCGGAGUGUAUCUCAUUCACGUUGAUAACAAUGACGCCACAUUUCAAGUUUACUGUGAGAUGGAAAAGCAUGGAGGAGGUUGGUUGGUAGUGCAGCAUCGUUUUAACGGCUCGGUCGAUUUUGACCGUACCUGGGAUGAAUACCGGGAAGGAUUUGGAGACCUCAACGGUGAAUUCUGGCUCGGACUAGAAAAGAUGCACCAGAUCACCGCGUCGCGUAAUCAUGAAUUAAUGGUAGAGAUAAGAGAUUUCAGCGGAGACUACGGAUAUGCACGCUAUAACGGAUUUCAAAUAGGUAGCGAGAGUGAGGGAUACAAACUGAAGACCUUGGGAGAUUAUAGUGGAACUGCAGGUGACCCAAUGACCGAGACCAAUAAAGGAAGGGAGUUUUCAACGAAGGAUAGGGAUAAUGAUGAAUAUUCUGGUGGGAGUUGUGCUCUAGAAAGACAAGGCGCUUGGUGGUACGGGAGUUGUAGUAAUGCGAAUUUGAACGGACCAUACAAAGACGCUGUAGAUCUUCAAUCAAUGUAUUGGUAUUAUUUUAAAAACAAUUAUCAAGGUUUGAGCUUUGCCAGGAUAAUGAUCCGCGAAUUAUAACCAAGGUGUUGGUAACACUCAUCGCG